AUGGAGACGAUCAGCUGGUUUCAAACUCUCGUUUUGUUUUUUCUCCCACAGCACUGUUACGAUGAGUUUUUCGUCAAGUUCAACCUGCUCGAUGUGCCCUGCAUUAAAGUGGCCAUCAGCAAAGGUCUUGGUAUGGGCAUUAUUGUUGGUUCAGUCAUAGUUAAAUUACCUCAGAUUUUAAAGAUUCUUGCGGCUCAAAGUGGAGAAGGCAUCAGUUUCAUAAGUGUAGUGUUGGAAUUGGUUGCAAUCUCAGCUACAUGGUCUUACAGUGUGGCAAGUGGAUUUCCAUUUGUCGCAUGGGGUGAAAGUUUUUUCCUGGCUGUGCAGAGCAUCACCAUCGGCAUACUGGUUCUAUACUACAGUGGCAAAAGUGGAGCGGCUUUAAUUUUCCUUAGUCUGUACUCUGUGAUGAUGUACACUCUAUUGUCGGGUUUAGUAUCCAUUCAGUUUCUGGCAUUUCUACAGUCUAUGAAUAUUGUAAUGAUUGUUAUAAGCAGGCUGAUGCAAGUGGUGGCAAACCUCAGAAACGGUCACACAGGUCAGCUGUCCUUCAUUACCUACCUCAUGUUGUUUCUGGGAUCCAUCGCUCGUAUUUUCACGUCAAUCCAAGAAACUGGUGAUCCUACCAUGAUAGCUACCUACAUUGUAUCAACGACAUGUAACUGCGUUAUAGUAUCGCAGAUUCUCUACUAUUCCAGCGUUAAACCUAAGAAGGAAUGAGUUUGUCUAAUUAGUGUUUUAAAUUGAGUAUUUGACUUGUAUUUAGCAUUUCGAAUUUGUAUGUAAAUUUGUACAUUUGACUUUUGAUGUCUGCCAAUAAUAAUAAGAUGUACUAACAUCAAAUUUCAAUACGAGUUUUUGACACGAAUGUUAUUUACAUAAGUCGUCCAUUAUACUAUCUCCAACACUUGGUGUGGCAGCCCCAUAUAAAAAUAAAAACACCCCUCCCCUCAAUUAAUUUUUUAGUACACACUUGAUUAGCAUACCCCCUCCCCUAAUCAACUUAGGGUGCUCUCACCUAGAGUGGCAUGAUAGUUAGAAUAUCUUCCAUGGCUUGGGAUAUCUCACAGGGUAUAACCAGUAAUUCAAGGAGACCAUUUAUGUAUAUGCAAAUUAUCUAACAGUAUGAAAGUAUACUAUUAAAGAUAUGCAUAUGAAUUUUA